AGUCUCCGGCCUGCAUAUAAGUGGCGGCGGAAGUGAUGUAGGGUAAGGCCAGGCAGCCUGGCAAAUCCUGCGGCUGUCUGCCGUAGCUCUGAGCUGGCUCCGGGGGGUGGGUCAUCAUGGGUGCUGGCAUGGCUGUCCUCGUCCUCCUGAUCCUUCUUGUGCGGUCCGGGAGCAGGGCUGAGAUGAGCACCGCGGAACCAGAGCCGUCCUCGGUGCCUGUGCCAACCAAUGUUAGAAUUCAGUCCUAUAAUUUGAACCCAACGCUGUAUUGGGACUACCAGAGCAUGCCCCAGACUCCUGUUUUUACCGUAGAGGUAAAGUCCUACGGGCGGAAAACAUGGAUAUAUGCCUGCAGCAAUACAUCUGAUCAUCAUUGCAAUAUUCUUAAUGUUCAUGACCCAGAUCUUCCUAUUUGGGCCAAAGUUAAAGCUAGAAUUGGACAAAAAGAAUCUGCUUAUGUAGAGUCCAAAGACUUUGUCAUUUGCAAAGAAGGAAAGGUUGGACCACCUGAACUAACUGUUACGCAGGAGGAAGACCAUGUCAUUAUUGAUGUGGUUGACCCAAUAGUUCAUGUAAGUGGAGAAAAGCAGGAAGCCAUGUAUGAUGCCUGUUACACAUUAAUGUACAAAGUGUAUGUGAGAGAGAACACAAGUAAGACCCUAAAACAUGACCUUGCAGAAGAUGACUGCCUCUACAGUCUAUGCCAAUUAAGAAUUCCAGUGCCCUCACUGAAUUCUGAGUACUGUGUUUCAGCAGAAGGAUUCUCAAAGGAUUGGGAAAUUACAACUGAAAGGUCAGAAGAAGAUUGUAUUACCAUUCGUAGUAGCAGCAUAAAAGAUUAUAUUUGGAUUCUGAUUAUUGUUGCCUUACUACUCUUUCUAGUAUUUAUCCUAGUAUUUGCAUAUUGUUAUUUUAAGAAGAACCCAUGCAAGAAGAAAAAUAUAAUGUUACCCAAAUCUUUGCUCUCAGUGGUAAAAAGCGCCACUUCAGAGACAAAACCUGAAUCGAAAUACGUGACAUUCAUCACAUCGUAUCAGCCGAUUGCCCCAGAAAACCAGGCGUUGGUCUCUGGAGAGGAGGUGUCCGCAGGGACAGUGCCGGGCGCCAGCACUGAAGGUGGCCGGGGCGGAGAGGAGCACAGCGGAGAGCUGUCCACCCAGACAGAGGCGCUGAUGCCGGAUGCAAGCGGCUCUGACUGGGCGCUGACAGAGAAUUCUUUGCAUUCGAAUAGUAACCAGUCGGAACCCUGCAGUGUAGUCGUAAGCUCCUAUCACUCCCGAAAUGGUUCCGACAGCGGCCUCGUGGGUUCAGACAGCUUCGUAUCCGACUCUGAAAUCCCUCCAAGCAAUAAAACCCAAGUAAAGACAGAAGGCCAAGAGCCUGUCAUCGUUCUGCAGAGGAGCGCCCCCACCUCCUUUGGUUACGAUAAGCCACACGUGCUGGUGGAUGUGCUUGUGGGGGACGGUGGUGGCAAAGAGACUUUGGUUGGUUAUAGACUUACAACAGAUUCCCGAGAAUUUUCUUAAGACUGAGAUGCAGCAUCUUCACAAGGUCUGAUUUUCCUCCUUCGAUUUUGUGAUGAGAUCCUGAGCUCAGACAUGGUGUCUUAGUUGACAUUAACCAAAUGGAGUGACAUGGGUGGACAGAUGCGGAAAGAGCCUGUUGAUACUGUCAUGUUCUGUCUGAAAACUACAGAGACUCUUUAAAAACAACCUAAACCCGCUGUGGCUUCUGGGCCUUUUAAUCCGGGGGGUUAGCUGUAAUCAUGAAUACUCUCCAGUUAGCGCUGCUUCUUCCUGUGAUAACGAGAUACUUCAUUCUCAUCGCUCCAAGAGACUAAUGGGUUUUUUUGUUUUUUUGUUUUUUGCCUUUCUGCACCUCAGUAUAUUUCUUUUUGUAAGUGUAUAUGUAUGUAUGUUUUUUAUUUUUGUUUUGUUAAACAUCUGUAUUUUGAGACAGGGCCUUCCUGUAUUUCCCAGGCUGGCCUUGAACUCCUGGUCUUCCUGCCUCCGCCUCCUCAGUGGCUGGGAUUACAGGCAUGUGGCACUACACCUGCUGUAUAUAUUUUUAGUGCCUCAUUUUGGAAGAAACUGAAAGCUGUUCAAAAUUAAAUUUAAAACCUAAGUGUAUACUAAUAGAUACAGUAUAUAAGUAGAAACAUAUACAGAUUUUUUUAUGGACUAUUAUACUUAGUUAUUUUGAAAUAAAGUACUUUAAAAACUUA